AAUUGCUGCACUGCGUUUGGCUCCAUCCUCCUGGACAAGUUGAUAGACGGCCUGUUGGAGACCUUUUCCCCCUCCAUCCAUCUUGCGUCGUUUGGCUUCUACAAUCACGACGAUCCAUGUGCAAGAAUUCCAUGACACUCAGGGUGACAGACAAGCCGGCCGUCGAACGCUACCGUUAGCCCUCUCGACGGCCCGAACCGACACGAUGCGGAAAGCCACCGCCUGUCUCAUAUUGACGAUGUCCCUUGGAAGAUCUGUAUGUGCUCUUGGUUACCGGAUAGCCGAGAUCACUGUCCUAAGACUAUUGAUGUCUUUCCUUCGCCUUUUUUUUGAGUCCUCGGGUUGCAACCGUGUUCGUAAGAUCCCUAGCAGGCUAAGACGAGUUUAUAUAGCGAUAUCUGUAAUUUGCGGCAUUUUAUACUCUGAUACUGUUAUACGCUUCGUAGAUGAUGAGAGGAUUUUUGAGAUGGAAACCACGAGUUUAAUGCGAACUCUUGUUGAAUAUGUUGGCGAUUCUCAAGCCUUUUCAGCGUUUUACAUGGCUGAUCAGUGAAAGGGGACCUGUAGGACCUUGAGGACCUUUGUAUGGGCUUGUCUAUGUAAGGGCCUCAGCUACCCCCUCAGAUAGUUCUAUAGAUCAUCAAGGCAGUUGUGAUUUAUUGUUUUGUUGUUUC